UCAUGUUUUUUGUCUGUACUAUAAUCAGGAAAUGUCUCCCCCGCUUUUCAAGUUCUUCUCUUGUCAACUGAGAAAUAUGUAGACUGUAGUCACAGGAAACAUGCACUUGUUUCACAUCUGUGCGAUCACUUGCACGACACUUGAAAUCAUCAGAGACAUUUUUAGAGUUGACAUCAUGUUACCAACGUUAUGAUCUCAACUCAGGUGUUGUGCUGACGACCGUAAGUGACAUUGUCCUUUUUUUUACACAGUGAGUUUUGCUAUUGUAUUAUACAGCACUAGUAUUGUUGAUGGCAUUGCUGUCCCUACGACCGGUGAGGCUAUGGGACCGGCGGGGUGAGGUGAGGUGAGAGUAUUGUUGCAAGUUGCAAGUCCUUCCCACACCAGAUGGUGCAAGGGGCGGCGCCUAUCUCCAUUUCUGUAGCCCUAGGUCACACAGAUUUUGUGCAAUCACUACAACAGGGAGCUAGUCCAUUGCGUAGUGCCCUGUGUACAACUACCACACUUUUCCCCACAUAACGUUACCAUGCUGAGUGCUAAUCAGAGAAUGCAGCAUGUACCAUUUUAAAGUCUUUGGUAUGACUCGGCCGGGACCCCAGAUCUACCAAAUACAAGGCGGGCACUCACUUGGCCAUUUCCCCUGUACUAGCAACCUGUUGAAGUAGUUAAUGAUGUCAGCAGUGUGGGCCACACUCUUGAACAGGUGGAACGCCCACUGAGUGAUACGAACUUCCGCCGUGCUGACAGUUCCAAGACUGGUACCGAUGGGAAAGCUCUGACCCGUGCGACCUGCCAGAUUUCGCGGAAAACCGCCGGUUUUCUUCCGGUGGUCAGAGCGCGUAUAAAACCGGACCUGUUCGAUCUACGUGCUCAGUCUACGGAUGGUGGUUGGAUAACGAGGUUUCCUCUCAGAAUUUGUGACUCAAAACGCAAACUUUGCGGUCGUUUGGCAGUAUUUUUCAAACUUGUUUUCAAGAUGAUGUUACCGAGAUAUAUUCUAGCAAUGGUUUUAGGCGUAAGUUUUGCAGAGGCGGUUCGGUGGAGACCUCGGGACGACCCUCAGGAAGAGUCGCACGUUAUCCCCGGGGUCCCUACCGUCGUCGUGAAGACCAUCUUCGGUCGGUACCAUGGCGAUCUCCGACCCGUCUUCAGAGGGGAUCCCAAAACUCGCGUGAAGGAAAAGUAUAUUGUAAUGCUGAGAAGCGGGUCUACCCGGACUACCCUGGACAGGGUCAUUGACCAAUUUCAGAAGAAAGUAGAUCUCGUGUCCAGGGUAGCCAAGAAAUUCGGACUCCAUCUUGACUUGGGCGAAAUCAGUGACGUCAUGGACCAACUGCUCAUGGUGAUCGUUGCUAGGUUACCCGUCGUUGCCUUGACGAUCAUGCGGACGCUGCGUGACGUAGACUUUAUCGAGGAGGUCCAGACGGUGGCCGCGUGCUCGGAGGAAUGGCACCUGGACAGGUUGGACCAGCUCACACUGCCACUAGAUCUGGGAAAGUUCCAGAGGAACGGCGAGGGUAGCAGUGUGGACGUGUAUGUCUUGGAUUCCGGAAUCCGGUACAGUCACGAGGAGUUCGAAGGCCGAGCCACCUGGUCCGGAUACGACGCAUUCGAUCCGGACGGAACAAACCAGGGUGCCGAUUUGAAUGACCAUGGUACGCACGUGGCGGCUCUCGUGGGCGGGCGGAGGUUCGGCGUGGCCCGCGGGGUGCGGCUGAGGAGUGUGCGGGUCCUGGACGAUCUCGGGAACGGCGACAGCAGCACCAUCCUGCUCGGGAUCAACCAUGUCGCCAAACAGGUCAACUCCAGCCCAGCGGGAAGGCGGUCUGUCGUCGUCAUGUCUCUACGAGGCUCUAGGAACGUUGGCAACGCAUCCACCCUGAACCAGAUGGCGCGAGAGCUGGUGGUGGCGACCGGCACACCUGUGGUGGCCGCCGCCGGGAAUGACGGCAGGGACGCCUGCAAGUUCGUACCGGGCAGCGAGGAUGAGGUAAUUACUGUUGGCGGUACCAACCCAGUAGACGGCACCUACCGUCGGACUAAUUUCGGGAGGUGUGUAGACAUCCUUGCCCCAGCGGCCCGCGUGCGAAGUGCAGGAGCCGAGUGUGACACCUGUUCCAGGGUCAGCAGCGGCACAUCACAGGCAGCACCGCUUGUAGCAGGCGUUGUUGUCGCCAUGUUGGACGAUGAUCCUAGUCUGACGCCUGCGCAGAUCAGGAUGAAGCUGCUGGAGGACGCGGUUAGUGACCGGAUCGACCUGAGCCGCCUCCCGCGGGACAUGCGACUCCAGACCGCCAACAAGCUGCUGCACAUCCCUGCACGGUCUGCCUUCCAGCCGAGAGUGACCCCGGCCUGUCGAACGGUUUGGUCCAUCAAGUCCGGAGGAGCAGACGGUGACCUGUCGUCUGUCGCCUGCAACGUCAACGAAACUAUUAUGGGAUGUUCAUCUCUAGCUGCAGACGAGGGCAUGAGAGCGGGAGAGUUUAACACGGAGCUCCCUGGCGUCAGGCAAGCUUGCGUCGCCACGAACGGUGCAGGUGGAACAGGUGUGUACGCCAUCGCCAGGUGCUGCAGCUGGCCAGGUGCACGUUGUUACUUCAGGGACUCCGGAAAAUCUUCAAGUCGUGACAACGCCGAAGUCAAGGCCAAGUGCGACCGGACUUUGUUUUCCUGCGACAUGCUUGUAGGGUGUAGUGCCAGUUCGGAGACCGGUUUUAUAGAUGGCGUCCGUCCGGAACGGUCCCGGCUACUGGGGCUGAUUCCGUCCUCGCUCCGGAAGUGCGCGGCACAGAACGGAAAGGGCGGAAGUGGCGUCACGGCACACGCCACCUGCUGCAAGUCACGUGACAUGAAGUGCCAGGCCGUCUGGUCAGACAAGGCAAAGGCAGGAGAAACUCAGGUCGAUGCCAAAUGUCCUUCGGGUACCUUGUUGACUGGGUGUAAUGUGUACGAGAAGGACGGCCAAGCAGAGGGUGCCUAUCCCCGUGACACACCAACAUACGGCAGAGUUUUUCCGUAA